ACAAGAUGUGGUUUCUUUGUUUCUCUUCCCUGCACCAGGCAAUGAGAGACUGACACCACUUCAGCAACAAUCAAACCCCUGAACCACGCCAAGAAAAUGGAGAGCAAAAAGGUUGCUGGUAUCCCGAGUUCUGUCAGUAGAUGGUGAUGUGAAUCAGACCUUUGGAUACCAUCAGCAGCGAGCAAAAGCAGAGGAUGGAAGAGAUCAGCAGGGAGCAGCCUGGAGGAAAGAGAGGCAGGAACUCAAGAAGACUUUGGUUGGCCUGAGGUGCCAUAGGAAGCAAACCCCCUUCUUCUGGUAGAUGAUCAACUUGAAGACAUCCAAAGCCCUCCUGAUUGUCAUAUCUGAGAGCAAGGCUGAUUGCCUGGGGAAAGCCAGGGUGAGGGAUGAGAGAUGACCAUGAAGGUGAUGAGAGAUGGCCAUGAAGGUGAUGCUAUGCACUGUGCCUCAGCUCCCUCCAUCCUCCCUGCUGCAGCCAGCAUCAGAGUGCGCUGCUCUUGGAGGAACUGUUGAGCAUCUCGACGAAGAGCAACCCAGAGCAAGGGAAAUACAGAAGUGGUUGUGGUCGGAGGAUGUGAUGACAUCAGAGGGCUCAGCGGGAACAUGAGGCUUUUAAAAAGCCGAAAGGAACAUCCUGACAGUCACUUGUCACCUCUUCAGGAAGGACUGCAUAGACGCAGAAGCUAUUAAAGAGCCAAGCUCCCUUCAUCCCAGAGACAAAAAGGCUCCAUCCUGCCUCAGAAUAUGCACUGGCAAAAAUCUUCUGCUCCAGAGCAGCAGCCGCAGCCUCGCCCCUACCAAGGUGUCCGUGUCAAGGAGCCAGUGAAGGAGCUACUGAAAAGGAAAAGGGGCAAUGCUCACAGUGCCACUGCAACGGCAGCUAACUCGGUUGUUUUGCCUCACCAGCCUCCUCCUCCCUACUCACCAAUGGGCCAGCCUUGCAUUGAUAUGGAUGUUAGCAGCUCUGCCUUGCCUGUCACUGAUGAAGGAGCACUCUGCUCGGGCUGGAUCUCCCAGCCCUCUCCCACCACCUUGCAGCCUUUGCCUCAGUGGACCACUUACCCUGACUACAUGUCCCAUGAAGCUGUCAGCUCUCCAUACACAUCAGAUAUGUAUGUUCAGCCCAUGUGUCCCAGUUACACACUGGUGGGACCUUCAUCUGUUCUGACUUACACUUCUCAGCCACUGCUCACCAAUUUUGCACCUCGAAGCACCACCCCUGCUGUCGUGCCUCAGCUAGAGAUGGCCGAGCAGCAGCCACCUCUCACGUACUUCCCGUGGGCACAGCCCCUCUCUGCACUGCCAGCCUCCACUUUGCAAUACCAGCCAGCUUCUUCCACACUUGCUGGGCCCCAGUUUGUGCCCAUGCCCAUCUCCAUCCCUGAGCCAGGCCCCCAGGAGCUGGAGGAUGCCAGACGAGCCAUCGGCACGCUGCCCAUCGAGAAGCUGCUGCUCGAAGACGAAGACAAUGAUACGUACGUCCUAAACCAUGCUCUCUCUGUUGAAGGGCUUUAA